CUCGAGGUAUCAGUACAUGCCGUCCAACAUAAAUGGGAAUAAAACAGGUAUGCCGUUGUCUCACACGAUAAAAGUGGUCCAUUCAGACCAAAAGUGGAAUGAAUACGACUCUUCUAUCCUUGAAAAGUUUUUGGAAAGUUUGUCCUCGGAUUUAUCAACAGAGUAUGUGAACAUCCCCGAAGUUGUUGAGAAAAUACACACAGGAAUCCCAGAUGAGAUCACAACAGAGGAACUAAUAAACUUGGUUGCAGAAACUCUUGCCUCGAUGACCACAAGACAUUACCAAUAUUCGGUAGUUGCUUCCAGAGUCUUAUCACAUCAUUUACAGAAAAGACUUCCUCAAACGUUUUCUGCAAACUUCACAGCCAUGUACAAAUAUGAUCUUGCUAGCUCUAACGAGAGAAAAAAUACUGUGAUAAGUACAGAGGUUUACCAAUUCAUUCUGGAAAAUAAAGAUGCCAUUGAUAGCGCAAUACGACCUAUCAGAGAUUUCGAUAUCGACUAUUUUGGCCUUCGCACUUUGGAACGGUCUUACUUUUUGAAAAUAGAUGGUAAAAUCCACGAAACUCCCCAGUAUGUUUUUAUGAGAGUGGCACUAGGUAUUCAUUUUAACGAUUUACACAGGGCCUUAGAGACUUAUGAGUUGAUUUCCAAGAAGUUUUUCAUUCAUGCUUCUCCAACACUGUUCAACUCCGGGCUCGAGUCAGCCUGUUUUUCAUCCUGCUUCCUCGUUGCAAUGAAGGACGACUCCAUCGAUGGGAUCUACAAAACUUUGUACGACACUGCCAUGAUAUCCAAAAGUGCCGGAGGAAUAGGUUUGCACCUGUCGAAUAUUCGUUCUAGCGGAUCUUAUAUCCGAGGCUCUAACGGUGUGUCUUCAGGAUUAGUUCCUUUGCUAAAAGUUUUUGAAUCUACCGCUAAGUAUGUCGAUCAAGGUGGUAACAAAAGGCCUGGAGCAUUUUGUAUAUAUUUAGAACCUUGGCAUAGUGAUGUGUUCGAGUUCCUGGAUUUGAGAAAAAAUCAUGGUAAGGAAGAAAUGAGAGCUAGGGACUUGUUCUUAGCUCUAUGGAUACCGGAUCUCUUUAUGCAAAAGGUUGAACGUAACUUAGAGUGGUGCUUGUUUUCACCAGACAAAUGUCCCGGUCUUUCAGAAUCAUACGGUGAUGAGUUUAACAUGCUAUACGAUAAAUAUGAAAAGGAAGGCCAUUACAUGAAAAAAGUCAAAGCAAGAGAAUUGUGGCAUGCCAUACUGACAGCACAGACAGAAACAGGAAACCCAUUUUUGCUAUACAAAGAUCAAUGCAAUAAGUUGUCAAAUCAGAAAAACCUAGGUGUGAUCAAAAGCUCGAAUCUUUGUUGUGAAAUUGUUGAGUAUUCGUCACCCGAAGAAACAGCUGUCUGUAAUCUUGCUUCUGUGGCACUACCUUCUUUUGUUGAAAAUGGAACCUUUAACUUUCUGAAGUUGCAUGAAAUUUGUAAAGUGGUUUGCCGGAAUUUGGAUAGAAUCAUUGAUAUCAACAAAUACCCUCUUGAAAACUGCGAAAAAUCAAAUUUAAAAAACAGACCAAUAGGCUUAGGUGUUCAAGGACUUGCUGAUGUUUUUUUUAUGCUGCGUAUGCCAUUUGGAUCUCCUGAGUCGAAACAGCUCAAUAUCCAAAUAUUUGAAACAAUUUACCACGCAACUUUGGAACGAUCCUGUGAAUUGGCACAAAAGCAAGGGAAGUAUCAAUCUUACGACGGCUCCCCUAUUUCGAAAGGGUUGCUUCAAUUUGACAUGUGGAAAGUAACACCUUCGAAUUUGUGGGAUUGGUCAACUUUGAGACAAAAAAUAAAACAGUUCGGCGUAAGAAACUCUUUACUAGUUGCUUUGAUGCCAACUGCAUCAACUUCACAAAUUCUUGGUUUCAAUGAAUGCUUCGAGCCGAUUACAUCCAAUAUUUAUGUCCGCCGAGUAUUAUCAGGAGAACAUCAGGUGGUCAAUAAAUACUUGGUUGAUGAUUUAGUCAAACUCGGCUUAUGGAGUAUUGAAAUGAAAAAUACUAUUAUUCAAAAUGACGGAUCUAUCCAAAGUAUAAAAGCAAUUCCCCGUGAAAUCAAAGCGUUAUAUAAAACUGUAUGGGAAAUAUCUCAAAGGACCAUAAUAGAUAUGGCUGCAGACAGAGCUCCAUUUGUUGAUCAGUCACAGAGUAUGAAUUUGUUUUUGCAAGAUGUCACUUUUUCUAAGUUGACAAGUAUGCAUUUUUAUGCGUGGAAGAAAGGACUCAAAACAGGGAUGUAUUAUUUACGGACAAAAGCUGCUGCUUCUGCGAUUCAGUUCAGUUUGGACCCACUAAAGUUGAAAAAACCAACUAUAAACAACAAAAGGAUCAGCGAAUUAGAGGAUGAGUAUGAUGUCAAGAGAAGUAAACGCGAACUGUCAAUGGAGACUGAAGGCUCCACUGAUUCAUUUGACAUAUUCAGCACCUCAGUUGUUAGCUGCAACCUGGAAGAUCCAGAAAAUUGUGACUCGUGUUCUGCUUGAUGAAAAUAAAAAAGGAAAAAAAAUCGAUACCUUGAAUAUAAUCUGACUAUAAACAUUGUAAAUACUAAGUAAAUACUAUCUAGUAGUAUAACGAAA